AUGUCGGAGACACGGUAUCAAGAAGGCCUCGAGGUCUACUCGGACAGCGCAGCUCAUGCACCAGAGGUCAGCCCUCAUGGUGUUUAUAGCCAAGGCUCGAAGGAUCCAAUAUCGGGUUAUGUUCAGGUCGUCGAGGCGCGAAAGGGUCCCUUUGGCCUGAGCAUAUUAAGCCUAUGUGCCCUCGUUGCUAUCGUUACUGCAGUGGUAGUUGGAGCUGGUGUUGGAGGAGUUCACAAGUAUUUGAAGUCCCAGCUGCAUCCGCGAUACAAACCUUCGCCUGUCCAACCUUCACAACCACCGCAAGCGACACCACCAAAACCACCGAGUCAAAGUUCUACGAGCCCAAACCAGCAGACCAAGUAA